AAACGUCCAAGAUCAGUCAUGAACUUUGUGUCAUCAUAAUAUGAUUGGCCAGUCAAUCAAGUCAUCAUACUCCACCCAAUGAAGAGCCAUCAGAGCUAACAAUUAGAAAUCCAGACCUCUCAUGCUCAUUCAAGUUUCAUACCACUCAUAUAAGCGACACAUUUAUAGACUUAUAUAAUGGCCUCUCCUUUCCGUCUUAUGCGACCUGUCGCCCAGGCUGCUCGAUCCGGCGCUGUUUCUUUCGCUGCCCGGCCAUUCCAUAGCACAGCUGCUCGAUUCGCUGUACAAGAUAUCAAGACAACGAAAGAGUUUAAGGACCUUGUUUCUACAACAAACAAGGCUGUUCUCAUUGACUGCUUCGCCACAUGGUGCGGUCCUUGCAAGGCCAUCUCUCCAAUCCUCAACAAGCUCUCCGAAGAGAAGGCUCUUUCAGACAACAUACAAUUCGUCAAGUUCGAUGUCGAUGAGCUCCCUGACUUGACCGCUGAGCUCGGCGUUCGCGCUAUGCCAACUUUCUUCGUCUUCAAGAACGGAAGCAAGGUUGAUGAGUUGGUCGGUGCUAACCCUCAGGCCCUUCAGUCGAUGCUGGCUAAGCAUGCUGCAUAAAUUGUCUAAAUCUUGUAACAUCUCAUAUCACUUUGUGAAACUAUCAAGGAGGGUCAUAGCGAUAGACUCAAUCUGUUUACAUUGCCGAAAAAAGGAAAACAGCUGUGUAUUAU